AUGGAUGCAUUCAAAUUAUUGACGCGGUCGACAAAAUUCAAGUCGACUGCGCCUGCCGCAAAGCCAGCUGCCCGACUCCCUUCAUUUGGAAAAGCAGCGAACCCGCAACUCUUCAGGACUGCUGAGGGUGAAAAGCUUGAAUCCGAACAGGGAAAAAAGAGAAAGCGCGCAAAUGCUGCAGCCGAUGAGGAGCACGAAGAAGACACUGCUGAUUUGGAUUUCUUCCAUUCUAACAAGCGCUCUGCCGCGCCUUCAUCUGGGGCUUCGGCUUCGGCUCCGGCCAAGGGCGAGGAUCUACCAUCUGAUCAAGAUGAAUCGGAUGAUGACGAUACUAUGGAUGAAGUGCAACGUCGCACUAUUCUAAACUCGCACAAAAUCAAAAUUACGGAUCUUCGCGAUCUGGAUGAGAUUCAAGUCCAGGCGCCGGUCAAGGAAUCUAAGAAAGAAUCUAAGAAGAAAAAGAAGUCCAAGAAGGAAGAGCCGGCUGCUCCUCUCAGCAAAAAGGAGAUGAAGCGUGCUAGACGUAUGUACCCGCAGCCUUUGGUAUCCUUCAAGGAGCUGCGCUCUAGAUACAAGAUCUCGAGCCGGCUGGCGGAGAAUGUCGCCGGGCAGGGAUUUACUGUGCCUACGGAGGUGCAGUUGGGCAGUUUGCCUCUUAUGCUUGGCGAUCCCUCGGUCUCUACUGCCGAAACCUCGGAGCCCGAUCUACUGGUUGUGGCGCCUACCGGUAGUGGUAAGUCCUUGUCAUUCUUGAUUCCUGUGAUCAACAAGAUAGUUCGACACCACCACUCGCAAUCAGAGGAGCACGGAAUCUUGUCCGUGAUUGUAGCCCCUACCAAAGAGCUUGCUAGUCAGAUUGUCAACGAGGGACGCAAGCUCGUGGCUGGUACUGGUGUGAAGAUCACUUUGAUGAGAAAGGGUAUGCGAGUUGUUGAACGAAGCGACGAUGAAGAGACCAACGUCCUUGAAGAGGAGGCUGAGGAAUCUGCUGGAUCAGAGGAUGAAGAUGAAGAAGACGACAAACCAAAGAAAGCUCAAAAUAAUGCACCCGUUACUAAGAGCGAUAUCCUGGUUACUACGCCCUUAAUGUUGGUGAACUCUUUGUCCGCAAACCAAACAAAACCCCUGGCACAUUUGCCCUUGGUUCGAAGCUUGGUGCUGGAUGAAGCAGAUGUGCUGUUGGACCCUUUGUUCCGAGAGCAGACACUUGACAUCUGGCGCUCGUGCGUGAACCCAGACUUGCGCGUGAGCUUGUGGUCCGCCACCAUGGGCUCCAACGUCGAAGACCUCACUCGGUCGACAAUCAAAGAACGCCUGGAAAACAUUGAACAGAAGUCAGCCACACCUCACCCUCUUGUGCGCCUUGUCGUUGGAUUGAAAGACUCUGCAAUCCCAAACAUCGACCACCGACUCAUCUACGCAGCCACAGAGCAAGGUAAACUCCUUGGACUUCGACAACUUCUCCGCCCAGCCGCAGCCUCACCCGGCGAUGUCCGUCUUCGACCCCCAUUCCUCAUCUUCACCCAAACCAUCCCUCGAGCAAUUGCUCUGCACUCCGAAUUGAGAUAUGAUAUCCCAGCCGAAGCCGGUGGCUCAUCGCGUAUCGCUGUGUUGCACUCCGAUCUUGCCGAUAACCAACGAUCCGAGAUCAUGCGCGACUUCCGCAAGGGCGAGAUUUGGAUCCUCGUUACGACUGAUCUGCUCGCGCGUGGUGUCGACUUCCGUGGCAUCAACGGUGUCGUCAACUACGAUAUCCCCAACUCCGCUGCUGUCUACGUUCACCGUGUUGGACGGACUGGUCGCGCUGGUCGCGAGGGUGGUAUCGCCGUGACUUAUUACACGAAGGAGGACAUUCCCUAUGUCAAGAACAUCGCCAAUGUUAUCGACGUGAGUGAGAAGCUCCGCGGUGAAGGAGGCGGAAAGUCAAUCCAAAAAUGGCUCUUGGAUUCUUUGCCGGACCUCAGCAAGAAGGAUAAGCAGGAGCUCAAGAAGCAUGGUGUUAAGGCGCGCCAGAUCUCCAAGCACAUUGGUGGCAAGGACAAGGGUGAUGACAAGGAUAGCAAGGCUGCGCGCGCUUCCAGAAUCAGUACUAAGAGCGGCUUUGAGCGACGUAUGGAGAACCGCAAGAAGGGUGCUAUUGCUGCCAGUCGGAACAGAAAGGCUGCAGCCCCGCAAGAUGGUAAUAUGAGCGAUGGAAGCUGGAAUGGUCUGGAGGGUUAA